AGACGCAGCUUCCGCCGAGCCGCCUGGACGCAGCGCCCCUGGGUGGCGGCAGGUAUGGCAGGGCGGGAAGCAGGGAGGCGGCCCCAAGGCCGCGGAGGCCACCAGCGGGUGCAGAGGGCCAGGAAAGCUGGUCUGCGCGCGGCUCAGCUGCCUCCGUAGGCCAUGGAGCCGCGCAGAUCCGGGUCUUCGGGUGGCCGCAAUGUCCCAAGUGGACGACACCCACCUAGUCCCGAGGACAACCGACAAAGUCCUUAAUGGGCCCAGAAGGAGGACGGAGUCCCAGAGAACUACAACUCCCAUCAAGCACUUGGGGAUCGCCCCGGCUGAGGGAGAGACUAUGGCUUAGGAACCACCAUUCGCGUGAGGCUCUGCUCCCCGCGCCUGCGCAGAGUGCAGGGCCACGUCGCUUUUGCUGUACCGGGGACCACGCGUCUCAUCCAUGGCUUCCGCAGACUCGCGCCGGGUGGCAGAUGGCGGCGGUGCCGGGGGCACCUUCCAGCCCUACCUAGACUCCUUGCGGCAGGAACUGCAGCAGACGGACCCAACGCUGUUGUCAGUAGUGGUGGCGGUUCUUGCGGUGCUGCUGACGCUAGUCUUCUGGAAGUUAAUCCGGAGCAGAAGGAGCAGUCAGAGAGCUGUUCUUCUUGUUGGCCUUUGUGAUUCCGGGAAAACGUUGCUCUUUGUCAGGUUGUUAACAGGCCUUUAUAGAGACACUCAGACGUCCAUUACUGACAGCUGUGCUGUAUACAGAGUCAACAAUAACAGGGGCAAUAGUCUGACCUUGAUUGACCUUCCCGGCCAUGAGAGUUUGAGGCUUCAGUUCUUAGAGCGGUUUAAGUCUUCAGCCAGGGCUAUUGUGUUUGUUGUGGAUAGUGCAGCAUUCCAGCGAGAGGUGAAAGAUGUGGCUGAGUUUCUGUAUCAAGUCCUCAUUGACAGUAUGGGUCUGAAGAAUACACCAUCAUUCUUAAUAGCCUGCAAUAAGCAAGAUAUUGCAAUGGCAAAAUCAGCAAAGUUAAUUCAACAGCAGCUGGAGAAAGAACUCAACACCUUACGAGUUACCCGUUCUGCUGCCCCCAGCACACUGGACAGUUCCAGCACUGCCCCUGCUCAGCUGGGGAAGAAAGGCAAAGAGUUUGAAUUCUCACAGUUGCCCCUCAAAGUGGAGUUCCUGGAGUGCAGUGCCAAGGGUGGAAGAGGGGACGUGGGCUCUGCUGACAUCCAGGACUUGGAGAAAUGGCUGGCUAAAAUGGCCUGAGAGGCAGCUCUAAAGCACAAGACCUGGAUGUGUGACACACAGUUUUGGAAAAAGGUCUGUGGUAGUCUGGAGUUGAUGAGGAAGGGGUACAAGAUGUGGUUAGAAACAUUUCUUUGUUCUGGAAACAAAGUACUGUUGAAACCAGCUUGGAAUUUUUUUUUUUUUUUUUUAAGUUCAGUUCUCCCUUAUGGCUGCCUUUCAAACAAGUACCUUUUAUCUGAUGCCUGUAUCUUCCCUUUGUUAAGGUGUAACUUGAUGUAGGGUCAAGGUUUUUGUGACAACAGGCAGACUCCACACAGAGAGGAUAUGAUGAGAAUAUGGCCAUCACCUGAAAAGUGUUCUUAUCUUCUGUGCUUUUGGUCCCUGGAAACAAACCCGCCUAUGUAUGAAGCUAGUUGAUUUCCAGUUGCACUAUUUCCAGUUGCCUCUGAAGUUCACAGGCAAUACAUUGUCUAGUCCUUUGCGAAUUUCUCUGAUUUGUGGGCACAGUUAUGAAGUUUCCCCACAUGGGAAGACAGGUACAAAAUAGCAGAGCCAAGCAGACAGUGGGUCUAUUCUUCAUUAGCUCAGUGACUUGUCCACACUCGUCUUAGCACUUAUGUUUCAAAAGCUUGUCACAAACCCUUGGAGUCAUUCCCAGAUAAUAGAACUGGAAAUGAUAAAUCCCCUAAUGCCAAGGGUCUAGUGUGUUCUUAGUGGUUAUACUGGGAAGUGUGUGGAGAUUUAGGUGCUGCUCUGCUGCUCUGGAUGGCUGAAGGCUCCUGGGCCAUCUUCAUGUGCUGCUUGAAGAGCUCCUAUUUUGUACUCCUGGCUAGAAUGCUGUGGAACAAAUACAAAGUGAAAAAAGUUCUCUGUAGAUUUCUGAAGUGCAUAUUCAUUGAUGCCAAGAAAAAAAAAAAGUUGCCGUUUUGAA